CCCGACGAAAACGCAAGGCACUCCAUCCAUCCAUCCAGCUGUUGCACCAUUCCUUCUCGCCACAGGCAGACUUGCCUUUGCGCAUUCAUACCCCCUUUUCCCUACGAGCGCAAAUGGCGCAUCGCAUCAUCUCCCAAAUCGUCUUCACCGGCGCUCGGGUCUUUGGACGAGCAUUUGCGGAAGCGUACAAGCAAGCAUCCGCCUCUCAAAAAUAUGCCUCACACCUCCAAAACAAUCCCACCUCCGCCAACACUCUCUCCUCCUCCGGCCUCACCCUAGACGAAGCAUGCCGCAUCCUGAACGUCACCCCGCCCCGGCAAGGGCAAGCAGAAAUGACCAAAGUGCAUGAGCAGUUCAAGAGAUUGUUCGACGUCAACGACCCCAAGACCGGCGGCAGUUUCUACCUACAGAGCAAGAUCCUACGCGCGCGCGAACGAAUAGAACUCGAGGCUCAACGGACCGCUAAGAAAGCUGCGCAGGCGGAGACGAGCACUGCCUCGUCACAAUCGUCACCACCACCGCCGCCGCCUCCUCCGAGCUGACACCCACGGACGGUUGCGGCGGAGCUGCAGCGUUAAGCACUGGGCCUGUACAUAUCAACGGGGAAUUUAUGAAGCAUAGCGAGGGCGUUCUAGCAUCUGCAUGGCAUCUGGAUAGGCAUCCAGGCGGCGUCCUGGCUUGUCUUGCUCUCCGCUCUGUCUGCGCUGCAUACAACAGUCAACAUGCCCGCAUCGAGUUGGAGAUCGACUACUCGUGCCUUGCGCAUGCGGACCAAACGCGCGCGGAGGAGGGACAAGACUUGUACGUUAGAAAGAUCUGUAUGAAAGUGUGUAGUCGAUG